GGUUAUUUCAACGGGUGGUGGGGUAAAGAGUGGUGGUUUGGGAAUUUAUGUUCAACGUUGUGAGAAGAUCUUUGCGGGUUUGAGCUGUAAAACGGGCGAACAUCCAAUAUAAAUAUAUAUAUUAUUGAUAAAACUAAAAUUUUAAAUAUUCUUUAAGACUAAUAUUUAAGUUUCACACCUAGAAGAUGUCCAAAAUCCGUAGCGACCAUCAUGUAAAACGCCCUAUGAAUGCUUUCAUGGUUUGGUCUAGAGGUCAACGGAGGAAGAUGGCCCAAGAGAACCCAAAAAUGCACAAUUCUGAAAUUAGUAAAAGACUAGGUGCUGAAUGGAAGCAAUUGUCUGAAGCCGAAAAAAGGCCUUUCAUAGACGAGGCCAAGCGGCUACGAGCCUUACACAUGAAAGAACACCCUGACUAUAAGUACAGACCUCGCCGGAAACCCAAACCAGUAUUAAAAAGAGACUCUGGUUUCCUUCCUGUUGGACAAUGUUUGCCCUUUGACACUUUCCCUAAACUCCCCCCUCCCAGUCUUUCAGUGCUAGAUAGUGAGAAAGCCCUGACGGCUCGUACCUUCUCUUUUGGAAUUCCCUUAUCUCCGAGUUCCUUAAGGACAGGAUUUAGCAGCAUUUACAGCACUGGCGACACCAGUAGCAUGGCCAAACUCCGGUCAGCAGCAGCGGGAUCCUCCACCAACCUCUCAAGUUCAUCCACAAAUCUCAAUCCAGGAGAGUUACAUUUGAACUCAGCACCACCAUUGUCAUCGUUCUACAGCACAGCAGCCAGUAACUUCUUGUCAUCACUGUCGCAUUCACACUCUACUUGCUCCCCCUACGGUUUGGUGCCGUACAACUAUGGACCUACUUAUUUCUCUAGCCUAGGCUCUACAACAAUGACCCAGCAAACACAAGAUUUACGCUCACCUUUUACAUACCUGUUGGUGAAACCCGAAGAACGAUUUUCUCGACAUACUAGUGCACCAGGAUUAUUCAAUGGAGUAGUUUAACUAUUAGACAAUUCGUAAUGUGUGAAACAUGUCUUGUCUUUCAGUGUAUACAUGUUGAUAGGAACUACGCAGGUUUUCUUUGUUAAUAAUAAACUUGACGUCACAAGAGGGUCAACUGUUCCUAGUCAACGAUCGCUAAACAACACUCCUCAUCCUCACGCCCAAUAAAUGUGGCGGGAAUAACAGCGCGUUAGAUAUCGACCACGUGUAUGAGUAACGUAUGGCAGUUCUUCGCUCUAUAAAGUAUAGUUCCCGCCAAAAAGGCAACAUCCAUCUUUCUUACAUAGGUAGGGUAGCUAGUUAUUUGUACCGGUGGUUAUAAAUAUUAGUAUGAAAAGCUCUAUACAAAUGUCGAUAUAAGUUUUAACAUGGAAUCACAACGACUGUUAGAAAUGUUUAUUUUCCUGCAGUUUUUUUUUCCUUUGAUCUAAGUUCACACGUAAGGAUAUGAAAAUAUGUAUAUGUAUUUGUGUGUAUAUAAGUUGCUUUAUUAUAGUACUUGUUAUAAAUUUUUAGUAGAUAAUAGGUUAAUAUUUGUCAGUUUUCAGUUAUUUCAAUAUUAGUCAAUUUGACGGUGGGAAAAAUAUUAUGUCUCUUACUUAUGGUUUUUGAGAACGGAAGUUGAAUGAUAACAUAUUGCCAUAACUAUUCAUUAAACUCAAAAAUAUUAUUUUUUAAGGAGUUAAGUACUUAAAGUUCUUUCUUACAAAAAUUGUAAGACUGCUAGCUUUUUACUUCAGUUUUAAAAACAUUCUAGAAAUUGCAGAGUAAAACAUGGGCACAUUGUUACUGGAGUAUUCUAACUGCUAAUUAGAACUUUUAGAACGGCUUAUGAUGAGAAUCAGUAUUUGUUCAAGACAAAACCUUCUUAUGAUAAUUAGUGAAGAUUCAGGGAAAAGCGUAUUACGAUCAUCAAUGAACAAUCAGGAGAAAGCUUACCACCAUAGCCAGUAAAGAUUCAGGGAACAAUAUAUUACGAUCACCAAUGUACAAUCAGGAGAAAGCUUACCACUGUAACCAGAAAUAAUGGGGAAGAUUUUACUAUGAUAAUCAAUAAACAAUCGUGAGAAAGCUUACCAUUAUAGCCAGUAAAGAUUCAGGACAUAGCUUAAGAUGAUAACGAACGAUUCUUCAAAGGAACUGUUUUAACAAUAACUAGCUAAGAUUCAAGAAAGAACUUACUAUUACAACCAAUAAAGACUCAGGAAAGAACUUACUAUGGUAACCAACAAAGUUCCAAAGCAAAGUUUACCAUGAUAACCAACAGAUAUUCCGAAGAGAACAAACUAUAAUAACUAGUGAAGAUUCAAGAUGGAGCUUACCAUGAUAACCAAUAAAGAUUCGUUUUAGAGCUUAACUUGAUACCCAACAAAGUUCCAAAGGAGACCUUACCAUGAUAACCAGCACAUAUCUAGUGGAGAGCUUAUAAUGACAACCAAUAAAGAAUCAGAUGAGAAAGUAUCAUGAUAACCAGUAAAGAUUCAAGACAGAGCUUUUCAGGUAGCCCCCAGUAGCACAGCGGCAUGUCUGCGAACUUACAACGCUAGAAUCCGGGUUUCGAUACCCGUGGUGGGCAGAGCACAGAUAGCCCAUUGUGUAGCUUUGUGCUUAAUUACAACCAAACAAACUUUUCAGGUAUAAGACGUAAAGGCGUUCGAAUGGAAUUGCAGAAUAUUGAAUUAUAAAUUGUUAAUGAACAAUCCGGUCCGCGAGUGAAUUGCUAAAUGCUCCAACUGAUUGGUAAAAUUUAUUUAAUUUACAGGAUUGUUCAUCCUUUUCUAUUUGAUAUGUAGGACUGUGGGUGUUACAUUCAGUGACGACUUGUUAUAUGAACGUAGUUGUAACUACAUAUAAUAUGAUGUCUGAAAUAUCACAUUUCACUCAAAAUACAUUGUGCACAUUCGCUUUGAGUUAAAUAAGAAGUGGACAUCAUAUCUGCUCUCAUACUGCUUAUGUACAUAUAUAUAUAAAUAUAUGUGUGUGUGUGUGUGUGUAUUUGCAAAAUCAACUAUUUAAUACAGUUCGCUAAUUAAUAUUUUACAACAACACUCAUUCACCUUUGAUGUGUUCUUGCAAUUCACUCUGGUUAAGGGUAGAGAAGACAAAUAUAACAGGCAGAAAUUAGGACUAGUUUACAUUCUCAAAUCCUGCACUGUACGCAUUUUCAGACAUUAAUUGACAUGAGAAAUGGCAUUUAAGCAUGAUUUAGUCGUUCUAUGUAUUUAAACAGAACAAAACGAUCUUCAUGGUUCCAAACUGUAUUUAGAUAGAUAAACUGGUAACAAGUAUCUAUAGAAAUUAUUAACUUCUGUAGAUAUAUAACAGCUCUAAUCACUGUGUAUAUGUAUAUAAGUUUCAAACGUGAAACAGCACCUGUUAGAUUAUAUAUAUAUAUAGACUUCGAUGUAUGAAAAAUAAUGUAAUGUUUUGUUUUUGUUUUUCUGAU